UAGUAAUUAAACGAAGCCGGUUUAACGGGCCUACAUACUGUAAUGUCGCUCGUUUCAUUCGGUCACCGGCAUUCCGCUCAUUCGUUCCGUUUCAUUCGCUCGCCAGUAUACGCUGAUAAGCUGCGGCGGCCGGUCGCUGCGCCGAUGUUGCGUAUUUGUUACGGUCGAUACUAACCUCUCGGAUUUCGUGUUUUGUGUGUGAAAUAAGUGUGUUUUUGGAGCGAAUAUACUACAGUGAACGUGUGGAACGGGUUACUUUUUUGUGUGUUGACAAACUUGGAUUUUUAUCUGUUGCGGUUUUGUGAUGACGUAACCAUGGAAGGCGAGAGCCCCGAGCCCUCGGGCUGGCUGCUGGUACGCGUGCACGUGCCCGAGCUGAACGUGCAGAAGAGCCUGCAGUUCCCGAGAGACCAGCUCGUCUGGGAUGUUAAGCAGCAGUGCCUCGCUGCUUUGCCCAAGGAGCUGAAGGAAAGCUUCAACUAUGGCCUGUUCUGCCCGCCGGUCAACGGCAAGGCGGGGAAGUUCCUGGACGAAGAACGACGCCUCGGAGACUACCCGUUUAAUGGGCCUGUCGGUUACCUGGAGCUAAAAUACAAGCGGCGCGUGUACAAAAUGCUGAAACUGGACGAGAAGACGUUGAAGGCGCUGCACUCGCGCGCCAACCUGCGACGCUUCCUCGAGCACGUAGCGCACGCGCAGAUCGACAAGCUCACCAAGGCCUGCGCCAAGGGGCUCGACCCCAACUUCCACUGCACCGAGACCGGAGAAACCCCUCUAACCAUCGCAGCGGGCCUCAAAUCCCCCGGAAAAGUCCUGAUAGCCCUCGUCAACGGCGGGGCGCUCCUAGACUACCGAACUAAGGACGGCUCCACGGCCAUGCACAGAGCCAUAGAGAAGAACUCAUUAGAAGCCGUGAAAACAUUGCUAGAAUUAGGAGCGUCGCCUAACUAUAAAGAUGGGAAAGGAUUGACGCCUCUAUAUUUGUCGGUGACGAACAAGACAGAUCCGCUGCUCUGUGAGACGCUACUACAUGAUCAUGCUACGAUCGGUGCUGCGGACUUGCAGGGUUGGCUGGAGGUCCAUCAGGCGUGUCGCAACGGCCUAGUGCAACACUUAGACCACCUUCUAUUCUAUGGCGCCGACAUGAACGGGCGCAAUGCGUCCGGCAACACACCCUUACACGUCUGCGCCGUCAACGCGCAGGAUUCCUGUGCACGUCAGCUGCUGUUCCGUGGGUGCGACAAGGAAGCGCUUAAUUUCGCCAACCAGACACCCUACCAGGUGGCCAUAAUAGCUGGAAACCUUGAACUGGCGGAGGUGAUCAAAAAGUACAGGUCCGAGGAAGUCGUGCCGUUCCGGGGCCCGCCUCGGUAUAACCCGCGGCGCCGCUCCGCCGCCUGGGGCUGGCUGGCGGGCGGCUGGCCGGGCGACCGCUCCUCCCUCGCCUCGUCCACGAGGAUCCCGGAGCUGGAGGCCAUGCUGAGACCGCCCGUAGCCUCGCCCUGCUCCCUCGAACGACCGUUCUCCUCCGCUUCGUCCAGCAUCAGCGACGCCUCGCAUCCGAGCCACGAAGAUGACGCGAGCAUACUUACAGAUAAGAGCGCGGACGUUAGCGACAUCAUCUCGGACUCGAGCGGCGUGGGCACCAACUCGGACACCACGUGCUCGCUGCAGGGCGCUGCCACGGCCGUGUGCCUGCAGCCCUACGAGCCGCAGCAGCCCGGCCAGCUCAGGCUCAACCAGGGGGAUAUCGUUGAAGUGACCGGCGCGACCGACGACGGGUACCUCGAGGGCUGCGUGCGCGCAACAGGCGCCACGGGGCUGUUCCCCGCCCACUGUGUACAAGAAGUGCGGUUGCGGCAGAACAAAAACGUGCACCAGGCAUUACCAACGGGUCCCAUCCACCACUCGCGCGUAAACGGACGCCGGGAGAUGCCUCUCAGCAAGACUUACAGCGCCACUGCACCCAGGAUAAAGAAAACUUACGGCAACGUGGAGACGCGCACAGUGGUGCUGCACCGCGCCCGGCGGGGCUUCGGCUUCGUGCUGCGCGGGGCCAAGGCGUCGUCGCCGCUCAUGGAGCUGCGGCCCUCGGAGCGCUGCCCGGGGCUGCAGUACUUGGAUGACGUGGACGCGGGCGGCGUGGCGGACCGAGCGGGCCUUAAGAAGGGAGACUUUCUGAUCGCGAUAAACGGCGAAGACGUGUCAGCCGCGUCGCACGAACAUGUGGUGGAGCUGAUCCGCGGCUCAGGGGCGCUGGUGUCUAUGACCGUCGCGUCGUUGCAUUCUACUAACGGCAACGAACACAAUACAUGCACAGUGCCGACGAGCAAGUCACAAAACCAGCUGUCGAGCUCCGGUCGCCCGUACGCCGCCACACUGCCCAGGAAAGGUGCCGGAGGUCGCAGCCCCGCGCCGGCGCCGCCGCGCCGCGACCCGCGCACGGCGCUCAGCGUGGGCCGCGCGCGCGCCCGCUCCAUGGUGGCCGGCCUCGAAAAUGGCGGCGAAAAGGAAGAGAACUGCGAGCCCCUCAGCGUGGCUGGCAAGUCCUCAUCGGCGGAGUCGGUACAACACAGUAACAACGGCACACCGCAAUCCGGCACGCCGGUGGCGCCGCGCACGGCGUCCAUCCGGCAGCGUCCGGCGUCCGGCCGCAUCACGGCCGCGGAGCUAGAAGAGUUGUUUCAAAGACAAGCCGACGCUGACACCAUCGGCGGCAACAACGCAAUGAUGACGCGAUCAGCGUUCCAGAGCGGCUCGGCGUCGCCGCCGUACUCGCCGGCGCGGCCGAAUCGCGUCUACGCCUCUGUGGCCGAGAUGAAGCGCCGCGGCAAGCUGCUGAGCAAAUCGCAGGGAUCGCUGCGACGCGAUUUCCACUCUACGCCCGACCUCGCGGCGGAGCUCACCGCGCAACCGCUGCGUACCCGCUCCAGCGAAGACGUGCAUGGUCCCGGUCGCGUCCCGCCGCCGGCGCACCCGCCGCCGCCGCCGCCUGGCGCGCCGGCGUCGUCGUUCCGCCCCUCCGACAGCGCCAAGCUGUACGCCUCCCCCCGCGACCUGGGGCCCGUCGCCUACCGCCAGGCCGCGCCCGGCACGCGCCAAGCUGUACGCCUCCCCCCGCGACCUGGGGCCCGUCGCCUACCGCCAGGCCGCGCCCGGCACGGUGAGUUCCGCCCCUCCGACAGCGCCAAGCUGUACGCCUCCCCCCGCGACCUGGGGCCCGUCGCCUACCGCCAGGCCGCGCCCGGCACGCGCCAAGCUGUACGCCUCCCCCCGCGACCUGGGGCCCGUCGCCUACCGCCAGGCCGCGCCCGGCACGGUGAGUUCCGCCCCUCCGACAGCGCCAAGCUGUACGCCUCCCCCCGCGACCUGGGGCCCGUCGCCUACCGCCAGGCCGCGCCCGGCACGGUGCGCAAGUCUGCGUCGCUGCGGUCGUGGGCGGGCCCGGCGCGCGCGCACUCGGCCGAGGAGGCGGCGCACUACGCGCAGCCGUUCAACGCGCACGGUGUCGUGCGACAGAACUCGACGCCGGCGCCGCCGAUCCCGGAGCCCGACUACAGCAUGUCGGAGUCGGACGACGACGCGCCGAAGCCCAAGGAGCCGCCCGCCGAAACCAGUGCCAACAGCAAUGCCAGCGGAAGCAGCUCAGGCUCCAGCUCGAUGCAGCACUCGUUCUCAGUGGACGAGAUCCAGAAGAUCCGGACGCGACUGAAGUCGUCCAAGUCGUGCGGCGACGAGCUGUCGGCCGAGCGCGACGACGGCGACAACUCGUCGUCCGGCGUGUCGUCCGACCAGGAGGCGCAGGCGAAGCCGCCGCGACGCGACAAGGUGUCGUUCUGCAGCUCGGUUCAGGUGAAAUCGUCCAACGACGUCAUCAGCACGGAGCCGGUGCACAGCUCGUCGGAGAGCCUGGCGACGCCGCCGGCCAUGCAGCGGCACAACUCGCUGACGCGCAAGCGAGCCACGGCGGCGCUGCUGCGCGGGUCGAUAGGGCGCGGCAAGUCGGCGGCGGAGCGGCUGGGGGUGGACCCGGAGAAGGCGCCGGGUCGGCGCGGGUGCGGGGGGCGGGAGGCCGUGUCGCUGACCGCGCUGCCGCCGCCGCCCGAGGAGCCGGCCGGCGCGCCCGACGCGGCGCCCGUGCUGGCGCCGCCGCCGCAGUUCAGCGACCGGGUGCGCGUCGUCGCCGCCGUGCCCAAGCGAGCGCAGCUGCAGUAAACGAACGCCGCGUUGUCGGAUGGGGCCGAGUUUAAUUAAUCCCGCCCAGAUGUAGGGUCGGCUGCGCCAAACUGUUUGUCAUCGUUAAAGAGUUCGCUAAAUUUUAUUGUAUGGAAAGUUUCAUAGUAAACCGCCGCGGCGCGCCGGGUGUCGUUGAUCAGUCUGUCAAGUGCGGGUGGUGCAACUGGCACUUAACCGUGCCGAUUCUGACGGACCUAAGUUUUUUUAACCCCUCUAACAUCUAACGCGAGAAGCAUGAUAUCUUCUUGGGAUUUUCUAUGAGGCCUGUCUGAUGGAGCAUCUCCACUCGGACUGCAUGUCUGACUGGAGUUUUAUGUAGGCCCCGGCCUACCUAUGCAUCGUACCGCACCAUACUAGCGGCAGACGAUCUUUCCUCCUGAUUUCGUUUUACAGGAACUGAUCAUUAGGUUCUUUCCUAGUGUAGUAUGGUGUGAACACCAACAAAUCUUAUGAAUAGACGUUCGAGAGCAUUUCUAAUCUUACCUUCGUAGGCUCUCGGCGACACUACAGGUAUAGCGGUGUAGGGUAGCCUCGGUAGUACGAUAGGACCGUCGAUCGAGCUCACAUUGAGACUCAUAGUGCCAAAUGCAAGGUUUCUUGUCGCAAUCUUUAUAUGGAAAUCAUUUCAGCUUUGCCUUAAUAAAUUACAAGACAUCUUAUUUCGUACACAUUUGGUGUAAUUUUUCAGCAUCUAAGCUGGGCACUCAUGCGCCAUACGAAAGCAUCUAUUUAAAACGCAAAGCUGAAAUGAUGUUCACCUAAGUAUGUACCUAUAGAUAAUUGUAUUGUAUUUCAACUUAUGUAUAGUCGCACGCAACGCGCGCAGAUUUUAUCCAUAAAAUUCUUUUGCAAAUGAAAUGUUAAUGUAAGCAGACCUUUUGUAAGCAAACGACUAAAAUGAAACCAAAGAAUUAUAGUAUUUAUUGUUGAGGAGUUACAUUGAUACCUAUAGUUGAUUCUAAUUUUUAUACAUUCCCAGUAGGUGUAAAAUUUCAAUUUGAUAUAAAUCGGUUUUAUUUAAUUGUUAACUUUGUUCUUAAACCUCCGACGUGUCAAAUUACGGUUCGUAUUCCGUUCAUUAGUUUUAUUUGUAUAUUUAUUUCCUAGCCUUCUUAACAUUACAACCAAGUGCCAUCGUGUCUAUGAUUUUAAAAGUAUUUUUAUAUAUAUUACUGUAAAUAAUUAACGAGAGCUAAUCCUUAAGUUUAAAAGAGUGGACUAGCGAGAUUAUUUAUACAAAGGUAUCCGGCCAGCUGAGAACAUAAAUAUUUAUUAAAUAAACAUGAUAUUUAUGAACAUAUUCGUAUAUUUUAAAAUAAUAUAAACCGCGCUGUGUUAAUAUGAAACGACAUUAUUAAAAAUAUAUAUAUGUAGGUCUUUUCUCACUAGUUCUAAUUUUGCCAGAACUAGUUCGAUUUUUAUCCAGUAGUUCUAAGGACAUAUUAUUUCCUUUGGUCAUGCUAGUGAGAUUAUUUCUUAUAAGCCGUUUAGUUUUAUAAUUUAAACGAUAUUUUUUUAGCAUUACUACUACGAAAUUCCCACAGCUUCACCGGUUACUUUAAUUUAGUUUGACCGUCAUAUUGAAAAUAUUUUAAAGAACUACUGAGAAUAAAAAAAUCCCACAUAGUUCUAAUAGAACUGACAAUUAAAUGAGUGGGAACAGACUUGAUUCUAUUCGUCCGGCCUGGCUUACCGCCUGCGUCCAACAUAUUAUUAUAUUCUACAACAUAUGAUAUAUUAUAAUAUGCAACAUAUUAUACUUAUUCACUGCUAGUCUGCUCUUUUGACGGCAUGUGUUGCUCGACGCUUGCCCCCGACGUAGUUUCAUCCGUUCCAUUAUUGUACAUUUUGAAAUCAAACCCGUCAUUUAGAUAUCUGUAGAUAUAACCUCUACGAACCUAGGCACCUAUUCCACUACAACACAACACAACAACAUUAUGUAUAUAUAAUAGGGAAGAUAACGCAAAACUCUGCGUAGGGGGCGCUACUAGCACAAACAGUAAAUAAACCGUUUUGAUGCAUCAAUGUUAUAUUUAAUCGUAACAUAAUCUGUGAAAACUUGUCAAAACCUGUUUACGGCAUAACAAUAUAUGCAUAAUAUAUGUUACUAUUUGGUUUACGGUUUGUGCUGAUAGUGCUGCACUCUGAACAUUGCAGUAGUACUCCCUAUUUUCAUGGAAUUUACUAGGUAUAGUAAAAAAAAACUCACUACAUACAUUAUAACACAAAGUCUUUAUAGAAAUACUAAAUUGUUAAAUCUACGAAUUAUCGAGUGGAAAAAGUGCUGGAAGGGUUUAAGUAUAGUGUGUGUUGUUGGCCGCACAGAUAUUAUGGCGGCUCAUCGAGAUAUAACACCAAUGAGUGUAUCUAUAUAUGUUUAUGUUUGCUAUAACUUCGCCUACAAAUAGUCAUGGCGAAUCUCUUUACAAAUAUAAAACUGACAUUUAGAAAAAUGUUCUUAAUAAGAACAACUAAUGUGCAAUUUCUUAGCCUUAUUUUAUGCAAUUACGAUGUCGAAACUAUUCGUCUGCCUUAUAUUUGUUAAAGAGAAACCAACUUUCUUAAAUACUGCCUAAUAAUUUAGUGAAAUAUGUGCAGCUAAAAAGAGCUUUAUGUUAAGAGGGAACAGUUUAUAUUGAGUUUUCAAGUUUCGUUUAACGUUCGCCCGUCUCGGUAGCGUAGAAUUAAUAAAAUCAUUAUAGUUCUCUGUCGGUGUUAUAUAUCGUAAUCGAUUGGAAAUUAUAGCCCUUAUGGACCAGAGCAUAAGAACUUUUAAUUUCCAUUUAUAUUAUAACUGUUCGAUGGAAGAACUUCGAUGAAAUUGUGUUCGGUGAAGUAUGUAACGAAUAGUGCGUGCGAGCGUUUCUUGUACAUGAAUAAGAAAUUAUUUUAAUUACUGUACCUUUCGUCUAAUUUUCAAUUUUUUUUAUGUUAAGAUGUCUGGCCGAAAGAGAUCUUUGAGUAUAAUGUACAGGCAUCGUAAACUGCGAGCGAAAUCCAUUGAAGUACUAGCUAACUGGUUGUCAUACGUCAUUUCAAUGGAUUUCGCUCGCAGUUUACGAUGCCUGAUAAUGUAGUAUUUGUAAAAUUGUAACUAACUUUUGCUAUACUACGCGACUACUAACGCUUGGUACCGAAUUCUUACACGAUGGACCUCAGUACCGUGUAAUAAGGUCGUUUUUAUUUAACGAUUACGAUACGAUUAAUGAUCACGAUUACGAUCGUGAUAGUGAUGAAGUAUUCAUGUCAUAUAUAAAAUAAAUCAAAUGUUAACGUAAAGCCACCCAACCAUGGUACAAUAAUCGAAUUUAAACUGUUGUGAGACAUACUAACAUUAAAUCAUUACCAUUAUUAUUAUUAUCAUUAGCGGCAGUACGCAAUACACGGUCGUCGUGAACGCUGCUCGCACUAUUAGUGCUUGAGAAAGGAGACCUAGGCUCUCCGAAACAUGUCGCGCGAGUGACUUAAACAUGGUACAAUAAUAUAACUAUGGUACAAAGAUUAAAUAAGUUAUUAUGUAUAAAUAUCUAUCAAUGUUCUUUUCCGUUUUGUCUGCGUUUUUUCUUCCAUUCAUGAAAAUAAUAUGCCUUAGAACUGCGUCUUUCAAAUACUUAUCAGUUAUUUUACACCUAAACAAAGAUAUUCCAUUCCAUUCCAUUGGAAAAUUUUGAACAAGUUGGGUGGUUUAACAGUUUUCUUAUUUGUCAAAUCGAUUGCCUAGACUCUCCGCAAAGCCUCUGUGGGGGCUCCGCGAGAAAAAACGAAAAAAAAAACUCAAUAGCCCGUUCUUCUAUAUGUCUGGUCCACAGUUCAAUAGUGACGAACGAACAUUUUUAAUUUGGGACUUCGUCAAAUAUUUCGCUUUCCAAAAGGGUUAAGUCACCAAAAAAGUUUGAGAACCACUGGCCUAGACACUAACAUCAUAGCUUCUGUCCUUUAAGCGGCUCGCCACUAUAGUUACAUACGUCAUGGACAUCUAUCAUAUUCUAGUUAAUUCUAGCUGGCGACGUAGCGUCAGACGGGUUAUAGCCUCCAUUGUAUUAUUAGCACAAUUUAUUGUUCAUUAUUUCGUUAUAAUCGUCUUGUCAUUAUUUUAAGUUGUAUAAAUGUAUUUUCUACUUAAGAUAUAGCUAGGUAGUGGUAAUUAUAUUAGGGCAAUAUUUGAUUGUAGGAUAAAUGAGCAUAGGGCGGGCCUACCAAUGGAGAAAUACUCGCUCCUUUCUCGCUCGUCGGUAUGGGCGAGCGAGAAUCGUGCGACUUUCACCCGUGGUAGUUCCGAAAGUAAUUUUGUAUAAUACCAUCGUGUUUUGCGUUUCAUUUGAAUCUCAGUAUCGGACGUAUAAUUACAAUUUGGUAUACUUUCAAAUGAAAAAUUAAAUGUUUCAUCACUA